CCCUCUAAUUUUUUGCUCUUGAAAUUGGUUCGUUUUAAGAACGUAAGCAAAAAUAUUCCCAUGUUUUGAAGCGGAAGGAAUUGCAAACAAAUUAUCGUUGAAACAAUAUGCUGUUUCGACAAGUACGAUAUAUGUAGGUGCAUAAGCCUUGGUUUAGUGACUACCUGAGAAUUCCAAAUCGUCAUAGCGAACGCCAUCAUUUUCGACCAUAUUUAGACUACCUGUAAUCUUUGGAUCGAAUCACGACAUUUCUAUUUCUAUAUCUCUCUCUGUCUUUGUAGGAUUAUCAAUUAUAAUACUGCAUAUGAAAUGAUACCAUUCAUCAAUUCUUUACCACCGUUUCUUGUGACCGAGAAAUGAUGAGUUCAUUACGAUGAAACUUUUAACUCUUUCCUUCUAGCUUCCGUUGAGUGCUGGGUCUGUUGUUAGUUUUCAUGAAUGUUUCAAGUUCAAAACACUACUACAAUCCUAUCUUGAAAGUAAAAACAUGGGCUUUUAGUACGAUUCUUACAAUAACCUGCCAAAACAUUGAUUUAUCUGUGACAUACCGAUGAUCUUAUCUACUGUAAUAGCUUCGCUGAUUUAUGAACGUCAUUCACGGAUAUAACGCUCACAACACUAGACUAUCUUAUCAUUAUACGAUGCCAACGCAACGACAGGAACCCGACGGAUCCUAUCGCGAUUGUUAGUUCACCUGGAAGAUUUUCCGUUUAGCCGAAAGAGGCGCUUAUCAGUACUGAAGAAGCAACCGAAAGUACCUACUACAUCCACCUCACGUGAAGUGUCGAGACGCGCUCUUCAAGUAGCACCAUCAGCGAUAGUGGCUCUCUGUAUAUCCCCAUCAAUUUGGGUUUUCGCGUGCUCUCUCUCUCUCUUUCUCGUAUGGUGGAGCUGCUCCACCGGAGUGGUGCCGGCAUUUAUUAUUUGUUCAACCACUCAACAGAGCGUGUUUGUGUUUGUGAGUAAACGGAAACGUGAGCGCAGUACGAAUAAAUAUACACGCUGCUGGUCGCAAGCCAACAGUCCAGUGCCGGCCGUGAAUGAAUCCAGUUAAAAUAGAGUGUCUUACAACCGUUCCUGCUACUGCAAGUAUCCCCGGUUUCUGGAGAAAAAAAAUAAUUUGUACGAAGAAAGCAAAGGAAUCAAACGAAAAUACACUUAGCCUUUUCCUUGUUAAUAUACAUCCAUUAAUUAAUACUCGAAAGCAAACGUCGCGACAGGAAGCCCAGGAAAGGAUUGUUACGAAAAUUGUAUGAACAAUUUCUGUAAGGAGUUGAUAUUUUCUAGUGCGUGAUACGAAAGGCUUUAGUUUGGGAGUGAAUAAUUGAUUACAGUGAAACUAGUUUGUACAGUACCCAACUCCGCGAUAGUGCAAGUAAAUUUCGUCAAUUCAAAAUGAAGGAUAUCAUCGCUUGUAGAAAUCUAAUCAAUAAGGAUACUAUCUAUAAGGACGUUGUUAUAAUUGGAAAUGGACCAAGCGGAAUAUCGUUAUCUUACAUGCUGGCAGGCAAUUGGCCAUAUUGGUCACCAGAGCAAAUUCAAAAGCAUCCGGAUGAGCUGCUGCGGGCCCGCCUCAAUUAUUACGAUUCACAGAAGAGUCUGGUAGAGCAUGACCUCUUCAGUCUGGCUGACGGACUGGAGGGCCGUAGCACCAACCCGGUGUCACUAUUGCUCGAUAGUCUACAGCAUCCCUGUGCUGACCUUGGCAUGGAACUGCCGUGCAUGGUGGAGUACAUGUACCAUCCCGAGAAGGAAAUCGACCAUCUCGUACUAGGCCGUGGUCCUCCCGGGGGUUCCUGGCACCGUAUGGAUCCGAAUCUACGGACACUUUCCCUGGCGGAGUGGAUGUCCCUUCCUGGGCUCUCAUUCACCGAGUGGGGGAAAGCUCACCCACCAGCGAUCGAACGGAACGGGCUGGACCUGGACAGCUCAUGGUUUCUAAGCAAUAACCAGUACUCGUACCUGCCGGUAAACGGAAGCGAUGAAGGUAUCAAAACAACCCUCAAAUCGAACAAUCACAAUGGUGCUAGCAAUAACCGUUCCGGGAAGAUACCCAACGGGAGCAGUAGUGUUAGUUUUAAGCAUAAUUUCAAUGAGUCAUGUGAUAAAUGUAGUAAACUAAACCGGUACCAAUCGCAGCAGCAAAAAGUGUCCUUAACUUGCAGCAAGUGUCGCACCAGUAGCAACCGUAACAACAAUGCGCUCUUGGAAAACCAAAAUCACGAUCGGUUGCAGCAAAACAGUAUCGCUUAUGAGGAUCGAAACGGAAAGAUCAGCAUAAAGCUUAGCUCACCACCGCGAAGAAAUUUAUCACUGAAGAGACAAAUGUCGAAAGAAGUUGAAACGCGGGCAUUGAUCUCACGUGUAGCGCAGUACUACGAGAGCUAUGUGGAGGAAAUGAACCUGACAAAGUAUUUUAUGAACGAUACGAUUGUAACUACUGUUCAACCGCUCGACUUAUCGGCAUGUGGUGGACCGGUGCCAAGCCGAUUGAGAAAUGGACGGUGGAUAAUUUCAGGAUUUAACCGUAACACCAACAGAAAAUUUACUGUCGUGUGCCAAAAUUUAGUUAUGGCUAACGGAGCUUCCGAUUUAGCCAACCGGCUUGGUGUUAAAGGUGAAGGGCUGGAUAUGCCAUGGGUGAAGUACGAGCUCCCCCAUCUGGAACGGGCUUUGGAACAGUACCAAGAUGAUGCGAUGGCUCGCCUUAAACCAGUACUGAUCGUUGGUGCUGGAUUGAGUGCAGCUGAUGCAGUUUCCAUUUGUCGAUCGUCUGGCAUACCGGUGAUUCACGUAUAUCGCAAUCGUACAGCAGGACUCGAUAAAAUGCUGCCGGGCAAUGUUUACCCCGAGUAUCAUGAAGUACAUAAAAUGAUGAAGGAUUCCAACCAAAAGUACGAGUUGUACACUCCGUUACCUGAACAUACGAUUGUAGACUUGACGCAGUCGCCUUAUACCGGAUCGAAAGAUUCCCAUCGAGUUACAGUGCAACACCUAAAAACGGGGGAACGCCGAGAGUUUGAAGUAUCAUUCUGCGCUAUUCUCAUCGGCUCACGACCUGAUCUGCGAUUCAUCGCAGGAAUAUCGAAAGGAUACAAUAGUUCUCAACACGGUAAUGAGGCUAGUUUUUUCAGUAGACGAGCUCCAGUGCUGGUUGAGCGAGAAUCGGUCGUUUGUGAAAAUCGUCCCGCACAGCCGCUAGCCAUCUGGUCGAUAGCAGAGCAACUACUGUCAUCGAGGUUGGGAAGAAAACUUUUUUGGUUCAAAAAUAUCUGCGCCAAGUGUCGCCAUUUGAAUGUUUGUGACCGGAACCGCUAUAAGCAAUGUCAACCAGCUGUGCUUGGAAGAAUUGAAGAUAAACAAUCCAUCAACUGUGGUCAUAAUCUUAGCAUACUGGGAAGAAAUUGUGAAUGCACACUACCGAUCGCGGUACCAACCAACGAUUAUCUAGUUAGUGUAUCAGGAUUAGGCUUAGGCGAGGACCCUUCUAAACCUGUAGAUUGCAAGAGUAAUCCAAUUGAAGUAGACAAGUAUACCAAUGCUGUAUUGCGGAUUCCUUACAAAGGUUUGUACGCCAUGGGACCACUGGUCGGGGACAAUUUUGUUCGUUUCAUUCCGGGCGGUGCACUGAGCAUUACCUCGGCAUUGCACAAACGGACCGAAAACGAUUGACGAGUUCCGGGUCGAGCGGUGCGCUUGUUCUUUGUUUAGAAUUCGCACCGGAUUCUCGAAUAGAAGUGUGCGUGUGAUGAAAAACAAAAUCUUUUUAUUGUUAGCACACUCACACACACACACACACAAAGAGUCCUCAUGGAUUCUGGCUGAUGGUUUUUGUAUUUUGGAUCACACUGACUAAAGGCGCCUGGGGCAACAGAAAACUUGACGUUACCCAGCGUUAUUUCAAAUGUGAUUGGUUUGAGCGAAACGCAUGGGCGCUAAGCGACCGGCAGCUAAGACAUAAACCAAUGGUGUUACGCAACGUCACCAUUAGCGUAAUUUUUGUGAUUUUUUGUAGAAAUAAUGUUUAUAAUAACUAUUUAAACGUUCAGUAGAUGUUACUUUAUUUAUAUAUAUAUUUUUUUGUAUUCGAUAUAUUUAUAAUAAAAUGUGUAGAUUAUUUUAUCCUCAACUGUUUGUAUUCUAUACGAGCUAUGAAACAAUUUCCACCUUAAUUGUAUAUACUAAUGAUUGCAGUGAAACCGUUUUCAUCCUAUUUUACAUUCCUACUCUAUCAUGCAAUGAAUUCUGCAACUCUUAAGUUAUAAUCUCAAGACUUCGGUAAAAAAUUGAUGUAAUUAAAUAGUACUUAGUAGCAGGAUUCUACAAAACCAACCUACUGGAACAUCAAUUGGAACACUAGGACAUUAGUUGUCCUAUUCGAAUCAUUCAUUCUGUGUAUUUGGCGCUCAAAUGCUCAAAAUCGUCAGAACCAUUUUCGAAAUAACGAGCAGGAAAAUUUAGGAUUCAAUGUGGAAAUAAGUUUACCAGUGAAUUGAUUGAACUUGAGAUAUGUUUCCUCGAUCAUUGUUUUGUUUUUUUUUCUAAGGAAGAAUGAUUUUCAGAUGUAUGUAUUAUUUGUACUAAGCGUUUCAGUUAAUAACUUAAACGGAUGUUGACUUGGCUGAUUAUAAACUAGUCUAGUAGAUAAGAAAUGAUUUGUUGAAUAUUUGUUCUCUUUUGACAAAAGCCUCAUCAGUAAAUGGGCUAUACGUUGUACUGAAACGACGACAAAAGUCACCAGCAACUUACACGGAAUUGUUUACUUUUGGCUUAUUACUAUCUCGAUAACUAAAAAGCCGAGGAGUAAUUCGCUCGAAAUAACGUUUUCAUGUUCCAGACCAGUAUACCAAAAAAAUAUACUGCAGCUCCUUUAAUACCUUCUGUAGUAUACUCUGAUCGAAACCAGCCGAACCAUUCCCUUUGCUCCCAGUUGAAUCCAAUGUUAACAAUGCCAUCUGAUCCUCCGCGUAGAGGGCUGCCAGUAGUCAGCCUUCUAAGAAACAUCAGGUUUAUAAACUUCUUCAGUAUGUUAUAUUAGAUAUUCCUUAAAUUGUAACCAAACCCGUCACUAUCGCAUUGCGUUUAUUUGUGGUAGGCGGCGUCAUUCUAUGGUGCGUAGGCUGAAAACUAAAAACGUAUGAACCCAAUAGAGACUGAUUUGUAUAUUGAGGUAGGUAGUUAUAAAAAUGAGAUAUAAUCGCAAAAAAAUGAACAAAACCCUAGGAUGCAGAUUUAGUGCUAGUACAGGCAGGUUUGUAAAAAAAAUUCUGAAUCUAGCUCUAUUAGUAAAUUUUUGUACCCCGUUAUGAAACAGUUUCCAAAAUCUAUACGUCGCGAAACUUUGAAACUGUCUACUUGUAAAACAAGUGUUAGAAAACGUACUGAUUCUAGUUUUAAUACCAUUUUAUCGCAAAUAUAAAAAGCCAAUUCGUAAUUGAUAGUUCUUUCACAGUUCUGAAUAGGUUACACUUAGCACUCCUGGUGAAAUGUUAAGCGAAAUUAGGCUCGUUUCAAUCACAAUGCACAACAUCGUACGUUUGUAUUGUGAUGCAAAUUCGCAUUCAAUAUUAAAUUAACCGAACGAGACAAGGAACAGAGUGGACUCGAAGUCAAAUACAGUAAUGAAAUUUUCUAACGAUAUCAGCAGUUUUUUCUUGUAAUAUAUUGUAUCGUUGGACAGUUGUUUGAUUUACUCAAAGGAUACAGGAAAAAAAUGAACGUUCGAAACGUCGGGAGUUACAAUUGUUAUUUUUACUUAUCAAAAUAAACUAAGUUUGAAUGUUA